AUGAGACUAACAGAAUAUUUAUAACAAGAAUAUAUUAAAGAAAUUUAAGAAAGAAAUAAUGAAAAAUCAGGACUAUAGUAAUCAAAUAAUGAAAUUGAUGAAAUUUUUUUAAAAGAAAAUGAAAUAAUUGAGUAAGAAAUAUAUAAAUUAACAAAAAUUAAAUUUUAAUAAAAAACUUAAUAAAUAGUUAAUAACUUCUAUUAAAAACUUCUAACUUUAUCAAAAGUUUUUCAAGAUAAAUAAAAAUUAAAGAAAGAAUCAUUAAGUUUACUAAAAUUUUUAGAAAAUUCAUAAAAAUAAAUGAAAAUUGUAGAAAACUCACUUAUUUAAAAGGAUAAUUUAGUCCUAUAUUUUCAGAUAACAAUAAAAAAUCUUAUUCAAUAUUACAAAUUUGAAUAUGAAUAAUUUUGUGCUGAAUUUGAUGACAUCAUCUUAAUUCUCAAGAAAAUUAUCAUUAUAAAGUAUGAAAUAGAAGCUUCUUUUUUAUCUAAUCAAGUAAAAUUCCAGAUUUCCGAAAAUAUUUCUGAAAAAAAAGUUAAUAGUAUUUAAAAAUUAAGAUUUUAAAUGUAAAAGGAACAAUUAAAAUUAAUGAUUUUUAAGAAUACUUUUUAGAAUAUUUUAUCAUCAGCUUAAUAGUAUACAUAAGAAUUAUAAUAGUUGAAAGAAAUUAUCAAUUUGGAUGAAUUUUUACUUGAUAUCAUUAGAGAUUAUCCCAUAAGAGCUAAAAAAAGCGAUAUUAAAGUUUAUAAAAAGACUAUAUAAGAAUUGAAUAGUAUGGAGUUAACAAAAAUUUAAUUCUAAAACAAAUUAUCAAAAUAUUAAGGAAUAUUAGAAUUUAACAUUUUCUAACUAAGAAUAGAAGAAUCAAUAAAUGAUUCAGAAAAAUUAGAGUUGGAAUUUAUAGAGAAAGAAUUUGGAGAAUUAUUUAAAGAAAAAAUUCCCUAACAUGAAUUUAUUGACAAAAUUUUAUAAAUAAUAGAAGAGCUCAAUUUUUCUUAAUCAGAUAAAUAAAAUCCUUAAGAAAAUUUAAGCUAAUAAAAAUUAAAGUUUGAAUAAGAAAAGCUUGAGGGUUUAUUAAUUGAUUUAAGAAAAAUAAAAGAUUUCAGUAAGAACUAAAAUAAAGAUAAGAUUGGUAAGGAAUUCUUAAAGAAAUUAAUAAAAUAAAUAGAGAAAAUUAUUUAAGUAUUAAAUAAUCCUUUAAAUUAAUAUAUAGAAAAUAAUGAUAUUAAAUAAAUAUUGAAAAUAACAAUUAAUGGAGAAUUAACAGAAUUAACAAAUAUAUUAAGAGAAUUUAAUUAAUAUUGUACUGAACAAGAAAAAUAACAAUUAAAAUAAAAUAAUCUCUAAUGUGAUGUACAGAGAGGUCAAUAAGAUAGUUUUUAGAAUGAAAAAGAAUAAAUUAUAUAAAAUGAUUUAAUACAUUAAGAAUAUUAAAAUAUAUAGGUCAUUUAAAAUGUAGAAUAAAUUGUUAAUGAUUCUGAUGAUCAACUAGGAAAUAAGAUAAAUAUUUAAAAUAAUGAAAAUUGUCGAGUAAAUUUAUAAAUAAUUGCUAAUAUUAUAAGACUUUAAUAAAUAAAAAUUUAAGAAGAAAAACAGUUUUUAAUUCAACUACUUUAAGUUAUUUAAGAUUUUUAGAAGUAAUCUCUUAUAAUGAAGGAAGAAACUAAAGAAAUAAUCAAUUAACAUUUUAACUCAUAUUUUUAUACAUUAAUUAAGAAUUUCGAUAACUCACAAUCAACAAAUAUUGACUUAUAGCAAAAAGAAAAUGAAAAUUUUAAAACAUACUUUGAUAGAAUAUAAAUUACCCUAUAAUAGGAAGUACUUUUAAACGAUAAUAUUGUUGAAAAAAGGAAUUCUAAAAAAAUAUAUCUUCUUGAUUUUUUUUAGAAAUUAAAAAUAAGUAUAAAAAAACAACUCGUAAUAAAUAAUAAAUCCUCAGAUAUAUCAAUGGAAUAAGAACAUCUGAUUCAAUUAAUUUCUAAAAUCUAUUUAAACCAAGACUAAUAAGAUUUUGAAGAAGAACCUAGUCAACAUAAAUGUGGUUUAUUUGAUACCUUGAAACAAAAGUAUAAAGAUUUUAAAAAUAAUGAUGAAUGGAAAAUUAAAUAAGGCUUAGUGCUUACAUUAAUUUAGGUUUCUUCAAAUACUACAAUGGAUUCAAUUAAUUCAUAUUGCUAGUCUACACUUAUUAAACUCUGGAAAUAAGAAAAAGAUUAAAGAAUAAGAAAACAAUUAAAGAACUAAGAUUUAAUUAAUAUGUAAAUAAAUUUAUUCAAAAAAGACUGGAAAAUAUAAGAAAUUAAAAUAGCCUAAGAAAUGUAAUAAUUGAUUAAUAAAAUGGAUAAUUUACAAAUUUCUAUUUCUCAUGAAGUUAAUCCUAACAAGAGAGAUUAAUAACUCUAAGAACUUAAUGAUACAAAUGAACAAUUAGAUUAGUAUAUAUAGAAUAUAAGUGAAAUGGGGAAAUAGUUUAAUCUCACAAUAGAUUUUAUAAAUCAAAUUAGAAAAGAAUUAAUAAAAGUUGAAGUCAAAAUUAAAUAAAUGAAAGAUUAACUCAAUUGUAUUGGUAAUGAUUUAAAAUUUCUUAGAGGAAAAUCUGUACAAUAACUAUUGGAAAUUAGAAAAUGGAAAGUAUUAAAAGAGGCAGCAAUCAAUAAUGUGAAAUCUCUAUAUGUUCCAUUAAAAACUUAAAGAAAAGGAAAAAAUAAAACAAGUAAUUUAAUGAAUUUAGAAUAAUUUAAUGAUAAAUAAGGAGAAGUAAAUGAGUUUUUAUUUGAUGAGAAAGAGAUAGUAUUAUUAAUACAUGGUGUAGCUGGAUCAGGUAAAAGUACAACAGCUAAGAAAAUAGAAGAAUUUAUAUGGAAGUUGCAUAAUUAAAAUAUAAAAAUAGGAAAUAAAUUGCUUAUACCUAUUUACAUUUCUUUACCAUCCUUAAAAAAUCCUGUUUAUUAAGUUUUAGAAGAAGCACUCCAUUAAGAGGAUUAUGGCUUCGAUAAUCUUUAGAUAAAGGAAUGUAAAGAGUUAUUGGAAAAGAAUGAGUUUAGAUUUUUACUUAUUAUGGAUGGAUAUGAUGAGAUGAAAUUGGAGAAUAUUUCAAAGAAUUUAUAUAUUACAAAUAAAGUUAACUAAAAUUGGUCAAAUCCACUUGUGAUUUUCACAACAAGAAGUGAAAUUUUUACUACUAAUAAUUAUGUUGAUUGGUUUGCAACUGAAAAUAAAUAAAAGUUUAAAGAGAUUUAAUUAUUAAAAUUUGAUGAAGUUUAAUAAAAGGAAUAUUUAGAAAAGUAUACUCUUCUAAGUAUAAAAUUACUAAUUCUUGAUAUAUAUGAAUGGUAAGCACAAGUAUAAGGUUAAUAGACAAUAGAUGUUUAGAAUUUUGAAUUGUGUUGGGAAAAAUUAUAUUAGUAAUUGUUGAAAUAAAAUUUAUAAUUAGUGAAAUCAGAAACUCUACUAAAUUAACAGUAGAUAGAAAAAAUUCUAUAGUAUUUGUAAAAUCAUGAACUCUUUAACUCUAUAAGUAUUGAAGUUAUUAGAAGUCUUAAAAUUAAUUUAUAAAAGCUUUGGAGUAUUUAAAAUUAUGAGAAUAUGAUGAAGUUGAUUAAUUUAGACAAAUUGGUUGAAACUCCUUAUAUGAUGGAAAUUAUAGUUUCUGUAUUACCUUAAAUGAUAGUGAAAGCAACAGAGAUUUUUAAUCUGAGAUAAACUUUCAUCAUUAAUUGUUCAAAAAUGUUAAAAGAAGUUUUUAAAAGCAAAUAUUUAAUUAAAAUUUAUUAAUAAUAGUAAAAGAACUUUAUCUAGUAACAAAAUAAUAAUUUUAAUAUCGAAUAAAUCGAAAGUGAUAUUGAACAUAUUGAAUCUAAAAAAAAAUAAGAUAUAGAGACUUAAAAAAAAUUUGCUUUAAUUGAAGUUGAACAAAUUUUAUACUAAAUCGAUUAUAAGAAAGACGCUACUGAAAUUUGGAAUAAGAUUGAGUAAAAUUAAAUUUUAAAAGAAUUUUAAAUAUCUUCUGAUUUAAAUGAUUUAAAUAGAAAACUUACAAAAAUUUUUGAAGCUAAUAAUUUAGAUAAAAAUGGUUUAUAAACUGAAGGUUUUCUAGAAACAGCAAUUAAGAAAUUAGAAAUUGAAAAUGAAAGGAUAAUAGAAUUAUUUUGCUAUUCGUUAAAAGAAUAAAAUCUUACUAGUUAUGACUUUUACUAUGAAUUUAUAAAUGAGUAUCAUUUUAAAUAGAUUGAAAAAUAAAGAAAUUUAGGAAAAUCUAUUAAUACUGAUAGGUUUCUUCAUGAUUUAUUAAAAUAUUCAAUUAAGCUAGCAAAAUAAAUGAGUGCAAAAGAAUUGACUUAAGUCUAAUUUAAAUAAUAGGGUUUAAUAUAUAAGGAUGAAAAAAAAGAAGAAGAAUGGCUAGAUGAAUUUUUUAAUGAUGAUUGUAAAAAUGGUUCAUAUAAAAAAGAUAUUCGAAGUUGUUCUUUGGUUUAAUAAAAGGGUACAAGUUUUUAAUUUGUACAUAAAUCUAUUUAAGAAUUUCUGAUUGCAGCUGAUUUGUAUGAGAUUUUAUUAUAAUCAAAAGAAUUUGAUGCAAGGAUAUAUAGCACAAUACUAGAAAUACAAUUUUCAUAAAAUUAAAAUGAGAGUUUAGGAUGUUAUAUAAAGUAGAUAACUGAAAAACACUUUUUAAAAAUAUUUUUCGUGAAAAAUCUUAUUUCUUAUUAAAAAUAAUAAGAGAAAAAUGCUAUUGAAGAAAAAGUUAAGAAAACUAUUGAAUUAGUUUAUAAAUUAAGAAAUCAUGAUUUUAAUAUUAUCAAUUAUUCAACCAAAACUUAUGAAGAAAGUAGAAAAUUUCUGAUAUAAAAAAUAUAUAAAGAUCAAAAUAUUAUAUAAUUUUUGAAAUUCAUAGUCCAUCUUACAUCCAUAGACGAAGGAUUAAUUUAGGGUGGAUCUAAUUCAUUGAAUAUUUUGGUUGAAAUGAAAGUUGAUCUCACAUAAUAAUCUUUUAGAAAUGUUAGAAUUAAAAAUACUUCUCUUAUUGGAGCUAGCUUUUCAUAAUGCGAUUUAAGUGGAUCUGAAUUUGAAAAUGUCAAAAUUCAUGGAAUCAAUUUAAAUUGUGCUAUAUUAAUUAAUUGUAUAUGGAAAAAUCUUUAAAUAAAUGAGUUACAUAAAAUAGAAGGACAUAAUGGAACUGUAAAUUCAGUAUGCUAUUCUUAUGAUGGUAAUAUAAUAGCUUCUGGUAGUAGCGAUAAAACUAUUCAUUUAUGGGAUGUAAAGUCAGGAGAAGUAUUGAAUAAAUUAUAUGGACAUAAUGAUUCAGUUAAAUCAGUAAGUUUCUCUUCUGAUGGUUUGACCCUAGCAUCUGGUAGUGAAGAUAAUUCUAUCCGUAUAUGGGAUAUUAAUUCUGGAUAAGAAAUACUAACCUUACUAGGACAUGAUCGAGGAGUUAUAACUUUAUCUUUCUCUUCUAAUGCUAGUUUAUUAGCAUCAGGUAGUUGGGAUAAAUCCAUCCGUUUGUGGAAUGUAAAUACUGGAGAAUCAAUCAAAAUAUUACAAGGACAUAGUGAAGGAAUUUAAUCAGUAUGCUUUUCUCCUGAUGAUACAAUAUUAGCUUCUUGCAGUAGAGACAAAUCUAUAUUUAUAUGGAGUGUAAGGUCAGGUGAUAAAAAGAAAAUUCAUGUUGAAAGAAAUGGAGGCUUGAUUUCUUUGUCCUUCUCUCCAGAUGGUUCCAUACUAGUAUGUGGUAGUUGUGAUAAAUCUAUCCAGUUUUUUGAUGUAAAGUUAGGAACUUUUACAAAAAUUUUAUAGGGACAUGAGGGAAUUGUUACUUCUUUGAGCUUUUCUCCAGACGGACUUUAAUUAGCAUCAGGGAGUUCUGAUAAAUCUAUCCGAUUAUGGGAUGUAAAGUCAGGAGAUUAAAGCAAAAUUUUAUUAGGACACAAUGCAGGUGUUUCUUCGGUUUAAUUUUCUCCUGAUGGAGUUUAAUUGGCAACUGGUAGCUGGGAUAAAUCAAUCCGAUUAUGGGAUAUAAAAUCAGGAGAAGAAAAGACCUUAUAAGGUGGACAUAAUGGAAGUGUAAAUUAAGUAUCCAUAUCUCCUGAUGGAAUUACAUUUGCCUCUACCAGUGAAGAUGAAUCAAUCCGUAUAUGGGAUAUAAAUUCAGGAGAGGAGAAGAAAAUUUUAAAAGGACAUCUUGGGUAGGCCUCAUCAAUAUGUUUCACCCCAGAUGGAACGCAAUUAGCAUCUGGUAAUAAAGAUGCUACUAUCUGCAUAUGGGAUAUAACAACAGGAGAAUAAAAGACUAUAUUAUAAGGGCAUAAUGAUAAUGUCAUAUCAUUAUGUUUUUCUCCUGAUGGUUAUUUGUUAGCAUCCAGUAGCGAAGACACUUUUAUCAUAAUAUGGGAUGCUAGAUCUGGAGCAAUAAAGUAUACAUUAUAAGGGCAUAGCGAUUAUGUGAGAUAAGUAUGUUUUUCUUCUAAUAGUGCUACAUUAGCAUCCUGUAGCGAAGACGAAUCUAUCCGUUUAUGGGAUAUAGAGUCUGGAAAAGAAAAAAAAAUAAUAAAUGGACAUGAUGGAAGUAUUUAUUCAUUAUGCUUCUCUCCAGAUGGUAUCAAAUUAGCCUCUGGUGGUGAAGAUAAAUCCAUUUAUUUAUGGGAUGUUAAAUCAGGAGAAAAAACUAAAAUAUUAAAAGGACAUAAUGGAUAAGUUUCAUCCCUAUGCUUCUCUACUGAUGGUACUGUAUUAGCCUCUGGUAGUUGGGAUAAUACUAUUCGUUUAUGGGAUGUAAAAUUGGGGGAAGGAAAGUGUAUAUUGCAAGGCCAUAAUGAUUAUGUCUUAUCAGUAUGUUUUUCUCCUGACAGUUCUAUUUUAGUAUCUGGAAGCGCCGAUAAAUCAAUUUGUAUAUGGAAUAUAAAUUGUUAAUAAGAAAAAGAAAUAUUUCCAUAAAGCUUAGUUUCUGAUGCCCUUUUACCUAAAUCCAUUAAAUAUAGUUAAUUUAAUUCAAUCAAUAUUUAAAAUAUUUAAUAAGGUAAUUAAAUUUACUCCCAAGCCGAUAAUCAUUUAUAACAGAUUCGAUAGUGUAAUACUUUGAAUAAAUUAAAAAAUCCAAUAUUCUAUUCAAGUAUAAAAAUUAUUUUUUAAGUUCAAGAUAUCGUUACCCUUAUCCGAAUUUCAAAACAUGAAUAAUUUACUGCUCAAAGUGCUUUAAUAAUGAAUGGGGAGUUUACUAAUCAUCUUGGAAUGAAUCUCAGAAAAUUAUUUCAACAAAAAGGAAGCUUUAUUUUGAAAAGUGAAGAGAAUCAAGAUAUCAAUUCAGCUCAAAAAUGA